UGAUCAAGCACCAUCUUUGCUAGGGAAACCCCACAAAGGGCUUGCUCCCUAUGUGGGUAUUUUACCAGUAACACUUUAUAUCUCUCUAUAAUCAUACAAUGAUGCAUGUUCGAAUUCGUACACUUUCGUAUCAAAAUUCAUUUCUUUUUUUAAUGGAAGAAAGGUGCAGCACGGCAAACCAUCACAUAUAACUACGUAUAAUUUCUUUUUUCUUUCUCAUAUAUACACCUCCAAGUAUUAUUAUUACUCAUUCUCAACUCGACUUGCUUCUCAGCUACCCUGUCUUGUCAACCAUUUAAUAUUAGGCUCCAAAAGAGAGGCUCUUCCCAUUUAUUUCUACACUAUAUAAACCCUUCUUUCACUGUCUCCACACCACUACCCCCACCUCCUCAUCCUCUUCUUCUUCCUUCUCACUUCCGCAUCAAUUUAUCUCUCUCUCUCUCUCUGUGUCUGUGGCUGUGUGUGUGAUACACGUAUAUAUACAUGAAGAAUAUGCAGAGGAAGUUUCUAAAGGCAUGCUGUAACAAGUGGAGUAAGACGGAGAGUAGAGUCAUACCGUGUGCGGGAUGUGAGCACUGCUGCCAGUGGGGUUUGUGGGCUUCCUCGCAUGAAGGGAAGUCAAUACCAAGAGAUGUCCCAAAGGGUCAUUUAGUGGUUUAUGUGGGGGAAAACUACAAACGGUUUGUGAUCAAACUUAGCUUACUUCACCACCCACUCUUCAGGGCAUUGCUGGAUCGGGCUCAGGAUGAAUAUGACUUUACUGCUGAUUCCAAACUCUGCAUUCCCUGUGAGGAGAGCAUUUUCCUUGAUGUUGUUCGAUGUGCUAGCUUUCCACAGGGUUCAAGAACCUGCCUGUGUCUCUGAGAAUUCAUUCAAUAGAGAGCUCUGAUUAAUUCUUGUUCCUUGAGGCUUAAGCUAAUGCUAAAGCAUAACCCAUUAAUUAUAUGCUGUAUACCAUAUGUAGUUACUGUAAUAUAACAAUUUCUCUGCCUGAUCAUAAUUGCAAUUCCAUUUGAUAAUGGUAAA